AUGGGCUUCCCAUUGAUGAUUAGACAUGGAGGUCCACUUAUGGACUCAUCUCAGCUCCAAAGCAUAUUGUUACAGCAGUGUUCCAGUGAGGAGGAGGGGAGACCGUUCCUGCAACGGGUGUCUCUGUGCCCCCAGUUGAGCCAGCACAGACCCUCUGUUCUACGCCAGGGUGUCCAGGCUGCCCACGUACGACCGCAGGCACCAUGCACUCUAACAGAGGCCGGUUCAGCUCAGCCCAUCUCACUGUGCAAGGUGGAGGUGGACACAGGGAGCCGUGGACAGACCUCUCCCCCACACUCUGAGCACUCUCCUGGGCCAACUCGUCACCCCUCUCCCCUGAGGACAGCCAGUCCUAAGCAGAGCUCCAUUAUCACCAGGCAACAUGAGGCAGGUCACCCAACCUUAGAGGGGUCCAGUGCUCUGUUUCUCAACGGACUCUGCUGCUGGCCUGGCUGCGAUGCAGUAUUUGAAGAAUUUCCCAGUUUUUUGAAACACCUCCACUCUGACCAUGGCCAUGGAGACAGAAGCAUUGCACAGUGGAGGGUACAACAAGACAUGGUGCAAUACAUGGAGACCCAGCUGACUGUGGAAAAACAGAAACUCUUCGCAAUGCAACUACAUCUGCACCUAUCGGGACACAAAUCAACUGCCUUGAAGGCAGCUUCAGACUGGCCCUACAGGCACAGCCUGUCACUAGGCCUGCCCCAGAACCCAGCCCCGGCCCGGAUGCCAGAUGGAGUGUCACGCUGCACCACUAAAGAGCCAGAGGAGCUGGUUCAACACAAGUAUUGGCCCUCUGCUGCUCCCCACCACCUACGGCCAGAUCUUAUCCCGAGCAUUGAGUGUUACAAAUACAACAACAUUAGACCACUGUACACCUACGCCUGCAUGAUAAGAUGGUCUAUACUGGAGUCUCCAGACAAGCAGCGCUCUCUGAAUGACAUCUACAACUGGUUCACCACCAUGUUCUUCUACUUCCGACACAACACGGCCACAUGGAAGAACGCUGUCCGUCAUAAUCUUAGCCUCCACAAGUGUUUUGUGCGAGUGGAGGGAGGCAAGGGGGCCGUCUGGACAGUGGAUGAAAUGGAAUAUCAAAGGAGAAAGGGACAAAAAUACCACAGGGAUCAUCAUGUGAAAUGGCUGGCACCCUACUCCUUAUUUCGUCCAGAGGAACCUUGAACAUAGCCACCCCUUCAGUGAAUGAAAAACUACUGGAAAAGGAAGUCACUAGGACCUAUAACUGAAUCAGGUAUUUUUUAACAGGGCUGGAGAAAAAGCCCUCCAGGAGGGUUGACCAGUCCUGGUCUACAGUAUCUACAGAACCUAUCAUCACUUUCUUUGUUCAGCAGCAGAUGGUGCUACAACAUAGCACAGCCCAGGACUCUUUUGCCUCUAGACUCUCUUAUCAUGAAGAUGUGUGUACAGCUGGAAUGGCUUUACGUUUUGCAGCAUUUGAAAGAACAAUAUAUACUUAGCAAUCAUUUGUCAAUCAAAACUUAGUGAAAAGGUAAACAAUUGUUUUGUUGUGUUGGCUACAUACAGUAUACUCUAUCCCACUGGGCUAAUCAUUGUAAACUGUUGUUUUGAGGGUGGAAUUUCAACCAUAGGAUUAUGUCAACAUUUUAAUACAUUUUCAACAUAGACAAACCUCGUAUGAAAUAUAAUGAAUUUGUACCGUUGAAAUAAUGUCAGAUCAUCAAUCAAUAAGUCAGCCAACAAACUUCUGGCUGAUUUAUUGAGUAGGUGAAUAAAGGUUGAAAUCUCAUUGAUCAACGUUUCUACCAAAUAUUACCAAAUGUCCACGUUGAAAUGAAAUGGUGUGCCCAGUGGGGUGUUACAGCAAGCAAGUACAAUUUUACAUUGUGUACAACAAAAAAAACUUUGCAAUUAAAUGUAUCUUUGAUUA